AUGAAAUACCUUCAGCCUCAGGGAAGACAGAAAAACUUAAACCUGAUUCCAAUUGCAGAAGCGACAGCAGGAGCAGCUACCGGAACUGGGCUCAAAGCAAAGCACUGGCCCAAAAAUCAAGGAUGUGACACCCAGCAGGAUGUCUCAUUGAUGGAAUCUGAAGAAGCCAAUGGGGGAGACCCCUUUCCCCCAGCAACCAGCAGCCCUAGUGAGGAAAACCCUGAUCCUACACCAGCCAAAAGGGGACAUUAUGCCACCACUGAGUCUGUAGAGAUGAGCACCGAGCUGCCUGACUCUGCAGAAAGAGCACAGAUCUCCAUUGCCCAGGAUCCUCUGAGGCAUCUCUCUGCUGGGGAAUCAGCAGAGAUGCGUGGCAGAUCCUCUAAUCCUGUUCUGUCAGGACUGGAACAAGGGGAGAGAGAUCUAAGGCACCAGAGAGGACUCUCAGAGUGGGAGAAAGAUCCUGCAGUACAAGAGAUAUCUUUGGAAAAACAGAGAUGGGAUCACGCCUCGAACUCUGAACAGGGGAAAUUAGCUCAUCCUGAAAGCAGUCAGUAUUCUUCCUUUCCCAAUACAGUCCCACAGGCAAUAGCCACUCAUGACAAAAACCUGCAGGUACCAGCUCCAGCCCUUCAUAUUGAAUUUCCUCAGGAUCAGAAACAGUCCCUGGCAUGUCAUACUGCUGUCCCCCAGGCACAGCAUAAGGAAACCUCAAUGACAGACACUGUUCCCAGCCAGAGGGAACCAGCCACUAAACACUUCCUGGUGUGUAAAGAAGUUUCAGAGGUUCAUUGCAAGACUGAGACUUUGCAUGAUGACACUACUGGAGAUCCCCCCUUGCAGGGGUUGGAUGUAGCAAAUGGGACCAUCAGAGAGCUCCCACCAAGUACUGAAGCAGUGGCAAGGACCGACGAGGAGCCAUCUCCUGGGAUGGAUGCAGUAGGCAGGAUGAAUCCCAUGCCUUCUGUAGAUAAUGAUGAAAAAGUGGGAGGCUUGCAGGGAGGGGGAGAGGAUACAGACUCUUCCUCUUCACAUCACCCACCCUACCCCUUAUUGGAUGACAGCCAAGGAAAUUCACAGCUGACAGGAGGAAAUGCAGAUGGAAAGAUGGUCCUGUCAUCCCAUGAGAGAGGGAACAAUGCUUUGGCCACAGACCAGAAAACAGAAGUGGCUGCUAGGCAAAGUCCAUCUGGUUCUAUAAACCUCCUUCUGGAGGAGGAGAAAGGAGCAGAUGAUGGAAGAGCAGAAGGCAGCACUGAAUCUCCAAGAGAGUGCAUCUUCCACAUACUGAAUGCUGCAAAAAACACAGAGCAGGAGGAGUGGCAGCACGAACAGCUAGAAUGGAGGGAGGAGCCAGAAGAGGAGGAGCAGUCAGAACAGAAGCAGCCAGAGCUGGAACAGGAGGAGCCAGAAUGGGAGAAGCUAGAGAAGGAAGCGAAACCAGUGCAGGAGGAGCCAGUAUGGGACAGGGAAGAUCAGAAGGAAAAGAGGUGGGAUGAGCUGGAACAAGAGCCAGGGCGGGAAGAGGCGGAGCAGGAGGCUCCACCACCAGCACUCAAUCCAGCGUCACCUUCUCUCUCCAAGCAAAACUGGGACCUCCGUGAUGAGGGGGAGAGCACUUCCUCGGCUGAGGGAACAGGGCUGGCCUCUCUGCCCCAGGAUUCAUUCUCCAAAGAGCAGCAUCCUGGUGAGGAUGAACUAUCCAGCAUAGUGUUGAAGGCCUGCAUUGGAGGAGCAAAUGUAAGAGCUCAGCCACCUGCUGUGAUAACGUCCGAAAGUCAGAACCCAGUGGGUGGGAGUUCCAUGAUGCACUCCCCCACUUGCCACAUCUCUGAGCACUGGGGAGACAUGGGGGUUUCUGACCCUUCCAGCUUCAUUUCUUUCAAUGGCCAAGAUUGUGAAGAAACCUGUCAGGAUAACAGAGCCAGUAAUGGUGAGGAUGGCCAUAGUGACGGAGAUGGAAGGACCGUCCAGAGCUUUGAUGAUGGAGGAGCCAUCUCUCCGUUAUGCAGAGAAGUCACCUCAUCUGGUGCAGGGAACCCAGACUCUUCUGGGACUCUGGACCCUUCUUCUGGUGCCAGGAACUUGGGAUCUUUUGGUCCCGCAGAUCCCCAUCCUGUUGCAGAAAACCCAGCAUUUCCCAGUCAUCAUUAUUUCACUCUAGCCUCGCCAUCAGAGUUCAACUCAGCAGUAUCAGCAGCUGGCCCAUCUCAGGAGGAUGCUGAUGAAAGAUCCCAAGUGAGCCCCGUGGGAUGUACUGACCUGGACAAAGCACCAGUCUCUGUACAGGACGCAUCCAGCCAGACUUCUUACCUGCAGGAGGCAGCAUCUAGUGAAGGAGCCUCAGUGACCGCCAGCACAGUGGGUGUCCAGACUCCCCAUGGUCUGCUUACACCUGAGAAGGGCCUUAAUGAAGAGUCUAGUGACCAACCUUCCAUCUCCAAGGCUUUCAGAAGUCCCCCUCCAAGGCAGAGCCUGCCCAAGGACACAGAUGAAGUAGAAUCUACUCCUGCAGCUCCAGCUACAAUGCACCUGGAGUCAUCCCAAGCACCAGACAUGGCUCUUGCUCCCCCGAAUUCCCUGGAGAAAGACCAGAGGCACCAAAAGCCCCCAACGAGAAGUUUUGUUUUCCAGGGAAAGGAAAUGGAAGCAAACGUCGUUCACGCAGCACAACAAAACCCUUUACUUGAUGAGUCACAUUUGAGCUUAGAGAUGGAAGUGCUAGGAACAGGAAGUUCCCUUAACGCUGUACCACAGCCCCCAGAAGAAGCUGUAGUCCUUGCCCUGGAGCAGCGCACACAGCCGCCUCCUCCUGAGCCUGACUCCAGCUCGCCCCUGGCUCCUGUGCCUGAUGCUGACCAGCUCACGCACCCUCCGGCUCCUGCGCCCGGCUCACCUCUGGCUCCUGAUGCCACCCAGCUUGCCCACCCUCCGGUGCUUGCGCUCGGCUCACCUCUGGCCCCCGUGCCUGACGCCGACCAACUCGCCCACCAUCCGGCUCCUGUGCCCAGCUCACCCCUGGCCCCUGCACCUGACGCCGACCAGCUCGCCCACCCUCCAGCUCCUGUGCCCAGCUCGCCCCUGGCUCCUGUGCCUGACGCCGACCAGCUCGCCCACCCUCUGGCUCCUGCACCCAGCUCGCCCCCAGCCCCUAAUGCCACCCAGAUCGCCCACCCUCUGGCUCCUGUGCCCAGCUUGCCCCUGGCUCCUGUGCCUGAUGCUGACCAGCUCGCCCACCCUCCAGCUCCUGUGCCCAGCUCGCCCCUGGCUCCUGUGCCUGACGCCGACCAGCUUGCCCACCCUCUGGCUCCUGCACCCAGCUCACCCCCAGCCCCUGAUGCCACCCAGAUUGCCCACCCUCCGGCUCCUGCACCCGGCUUGCCCCUGACUCCUGCACCUGAUGCCAACCAGCUCAUCCACCCUCUGACUCCUGCUCCCAGCUUACCCCAGGCUCCUGUGCCUGAUGCUGACCAGCUCACCCACCCUCCGGCUCCUGCGCCCGGCUCACCUCUGGCCCCUGAUGCCACCCAGCUUGCCCACCCUCCAGUGCUUGCGCUCGGCUCACCUCUGGCCCCCGUGCCUGACGCCGACCAACUCUCCCACCAUCCGGCUCCUGUGCCCAGCUCACCCCUGGCCCCUGCACCUGACGCCGACCAGCUCGCCCACCCUCUGGCUCCUGCGCCCAGCUUACCCCAGGCUCCUGUGCCUGAUGCUGACCAGCUCACCCACCCUCUGGCUCCUGCACCCAGCUCGCCUCUGACUCCUGUACCAGAUGCCGAUCAGCUCGCCCCCCCUCUGGCUCCUGGCUCGCCCCUGGUUCCUGUGCCUGAUGCCACCGAGCCUCCAGCUUCUGCACCUGGCUCGCCCCUGGCUCUUCUGGCUGAUGCCUACCAGCUUCUCCAGUCUCAGUCCCUUGUGCCUGACUCCAACCAGCCUUCAGCCCCGGCACCUGAUAUUGACAAGCCUCUGCCUCCUGUAUCUAACUCCACUCCACCUCUAAACUGUGUAUCAGAUUCUAGUCAGUUACUGGCCACUGCCCCCAAUUCCAGCUGCCCUGCCCAGGCUCCAGCCUCUGUGCCUGAUGCCGACAGCCUUGCUCACACUCUGGUCCCUGCCCCUGCUGUGGAAGAUGGAGAAGAGAACCCCCUCCUAAUGCAGAUGACCCACGAGGGAGUGUCUGGUGCCCAGUGGGAUCCUGUCAUCUCACCUACACCGGAUGUGGUGGACACCAGUGACUCAGGGGCCACUUCAUUGGCCGAGAGCUCAGAUUUUCCCACUUUGGAGAAUGAGGCACCCAUGGGCCACUCUGACAGAAACCCUAAAGCAAUGGGUCAGCACCUGGCUACACACUGUGGAAAGUCCACACCUGACUACACCUCCAGGCCCUCCCUGGGAGGGUGGGGAACACCCACAGACUCUCAGAGUAGAAAUUCAGCACAGCCACCCCCACUACUAGCUUUCUCCAACCCAAUCCACUUCCUGCAGUUCAGCCCUCCAUCGCCACCAGCCAUCAGAACACUAUACCGACAGGAUGCAGUCUUCGAGGAGCCCCAGUGGGACCAGGCACAGGCAGGCCCCACCAGCGUGGAUACGAGGAACACAACAGCCCCUGCAGUGAUGAUAGAGAAAGCAGAGGGCGCUAGGUCAUGCAAGCAAAAGAUGGAAGGGCAGGGAGAACCGCUUCGCCUUGCGGCCCAGGUGAAAGAGGUGGCCGUCAAACAUGCACCCUUGGAGAAGGCAUCAAGUUGGCCAGAUAAAGUCAUCAGGGUGGACACGAAGGAGCUGGGACUCAAUUCAGGGAGUCAGGAGAACGCAUUCAAACGCCGAGCAAAAAGCAAAGACUGGCACCGGCAAGGCCUGAGGAAGAUGUCAGUACUGUCAGACAACUUACAAGAGGAGGGAGCACACAAGGACCAGCCAACCAGCUUAGACACAGUUAUACGUCGGGAGAAGAAAUCUGCAGACACACUGGAUAAUUUCAAGCGCCGACACUCCAAACUGAUCAACUCCUCAAGGUUACUCUAUCAGGAAUACAGCGAUGUGGCUCUGAACAAGGCAAUCCAGAGCCAGAAGAGAGCGGAUUCUUUGGCAGAGGACUUCGAACUGAGCUCUCCAAGCUCCCCAAGGUUACGGAGGAAAGUGCUGUCUUCGCAGGACUCGUAUCUUCAACGUCUGUCAGUCUCGUCCAACGCGUCCCUCUGGCAGGACAUCCCCAUGAUCCGAGGAAGCAGAAUGCUGCUGAACAUGUCCCGAGAUGAUCAGAAACUGCAGGAGGCCAAGUUCGAGUUGAUCAUGUCAGAGGCCUCAUACUUGCGCAGUUUAAAUGUGGCAGUGGAUCACUUCCAGCGCUCAUCAGAACUCCAGGCACUCCUCACCAAUCAGGAGCGCAAGUGGCUUUUCUCCCGCCUGCAGGAAGUGCGUGAUGUCAGUGCCAGUUUCCUCUUCGAGCUGGAGGAGAAGUUUGAGGAGAACAUGUUCAACUUCAACGUGUGUGACGUGGCUCUGAGACAUGCCCCUGCAUUCCGCAAGGUGUAUCUACCAUACGUGACAAAUCAGACCUACCAGGAGCAGAUUUUCCAGAAGCUAGUGAACGGGAAUGCAAAGUUCCAGCAAGUCCUGGAGAAACUGGAAAGUGCCACUGUGUGCCAGCGCCUCUCCCUCAAAUCCUUCCUCAUUCUCCCCUUCCAACGCAUCACCCGACUCAAACUCCUCCUACAGAAUAUAUUGAAGAGAACCCCGCCCGAGUCGGAUGAAGAAGUGCAUGCCACACAGGCUUAUGAUGCACUAGAGAAGCUCAUAAAGGACUGCAACGAAAAUGUCCAGCGCAUGAAGAGCACUGAGGAGUUGAUCUACCUAAGACAAAAGAUUGAUUUUGAGUGCAAGAUAUUCCCACUGGUCUCGCAGUCUAGGCGGCUGGUGAAGUGUGGUGAGCUGAUGACGUUGGACUACAACACUCUGAGCCCCAAGUGGAAAGUCACCACCCGCCCCAUCUACCUGCACCUCUUCAAUGACUGCCUGCUCCUGUCCCGGCCCAGGGAGGGUGGGCGCUUUGUCGUGUUUGAUCAUGCUGCAUUUUCAGAUAUACGUGGGGAGAAGUGUGAGAUGAAGCUGCACGGGGCAAACAAAAAUCUUUUCCGCCUUUUUCUCCUUAAGAACAACCAGGGGAAAAGAGUGGAAUUCCUCUUUCGUACAGAGACACACAGUGAGAAGCUGCGGUGGAUCUCCGCUCUGGCGCCACCACGAGGAGAACCAGAUCUCUUAGAAAACCCUGACUCACCUCAGGUUCAGUGCAUACGGACAUACAAAGCUCGGGAGAAUGACGAGCUGGCUCUGGAGAAAGCAGAUAUCAUCAUGGUCAUGCAGAACAGCAACGACGGCUGGAUGGAAGGAGUGAAACUCUCAGAUGGAGAGAGAGGCUGGUUUCCCUCAGAGCAUGUGGAAAUAAUCUCCAGCAAACACGCACGCCAGAUGAACCUGAAGGAGGAACAGCGUGUGAAGAAUGCCAAACAGCAGGUCUUCUGCAAGAAAUAG